AUGCCGCCGAAGCGCGCGUGCCGCCUGGCGCUCCUCCUCGCCGCCGCCGCAGCGUACCUCCUCUUCCUCCUCUUCCUCGAGCUCCCCACCGUCUCCGUCUCCCCCGUCGCCACCCACCGCCCCCGCCGCCGCGAGCUCCAGGCCGCCUCCCUCCGCCCCUCCUCCGCCGCCCCGCUCCGGCCCGAGACGCGCACCUUCCCCACCCCCGUCGCACCCCGCCGCUCCCGCCUCGCCCUCUCCUCCAUCCGCGUCCACCGCCGCUCCAACUCCUCCUCAAUCGAAUCCUCCGCGUCCGCCGCCUUCACCGCCGCGGCGCCGCUCCUCCCGCGCCUCCUCUCCUCCCCUUCCGCGCUCCCCUCCUCCCCUUCCCCAUCCCCGUCCGCCUCCGCGUCCUGCCCCGCCACCGUCUCCGUGCCCACAGACCGCCUCGCGAGCACCCCGGUGGCCGUGGAGCUGCCCUGCGGGAUGGCCGUGGGGUCCCGCGUCACGGUACUGGCACGACCGACAAAGAAGGCUGGGUCGGUCGCGUCGCAGUUCAUGGUGGAGCUGCUGGGGACCAAGGCCGUGCAGGGGGAGGACCCGCCCAGGAUACUGCACUUCAACCCCAGGAUCGCCGGGGACUUCAGCGGCAAACCCGUCAUCGAGCUCAACACCUGCUACCGGAUGCAGUGGGCGCAGCCGCAGCGCUGCGAGGGCUGGGCGUCCCGGCCCGACGAGAACAAAGUUGACGGGGAACUCAAGUGCGAGAGAUGGACGCGCUGGGAUGAUGGCGCCAAGUCAGAGGAAUCAAAGGCGAACUGGUGGUUGAGCAGUUUGGUCGGCAGGCCGGAGAAGCCGUCUGUCGACUGGGCAUACCCGUUUGCAGAGGGCAAGCAGUUUGUGCUAACUAUCACAGCUGGUUUGGAAGGCUACCAUGUCAAUGUUGAUGAGCGGCAUGUCGCAUCGUUCCCUUACCGCACUGGCUACAAUCUUGAGGAUGCGACAGGCCUGUCGUUGAACGGAGACCUUGACAUCGAGUCCAUUGUUGCUGAUCAUUUGCCGAAAUCACAUCCGAGCUUCGAUCCACAGAGACACCUCGAAAUGUCUGAACAGUGGAAGGCCGCACCACUGCCAGCUGAACCUGUUGAGCUUUUCAUUGGCAUCCUCUCUGCAGCCAACCAUUUUGCCGAGCGUAUGGCUGCCCGGAAGUCGUGGAUGAUUGCUACAAGGAAAUCAUCUAACAGUGUUGCUCGGUUUUUCGUCGCCCUGAAUGGGAAAGAAGAGGUCAAUGAAGAGCUGAAAAAGGAGGCUGAGUUCUUUGGUGACAUUGUUCUGGUGCCUUUCAUGGAUAGCUAUGACCUUGUUGUUUUAAAGACUAUUGCCAUUGCUGAGUAUGGGGUGCGUGUUGUUCCAGCAAAAUACAUAAUGAAAUGUGACGAUGAUACCUUCGUUAGAAUUGACUCGGUGGUAGAUCAAGUCAAGAAAGUACCUAGUGGGGCCAGUAUGUAUGUGGGGAACAUAAACUACUACCACAGACCUUUACGUUCUGGAAAGUGGGCUGUAACGUAUGAGGAAUGGGAAGAGGAAGCAUACCCACCCUAUGCUAAUGGACCGGGCUAUGUGAUCUCAUCAGACAUCGCUCAGUACAUCGUAUCUGAGUUUGACAACCAGACACUGAGGCUGUUCAAGAUGGAAGACGUGAGCAUGGGUAUGUGGGUUGAGAAGUUCAACAGGACUCGCCGUCGGGUGGUGUAUUCGCACGACUUCAGGUUCUACCAGUCCGGUUGCUUCGAUGGCUACUACACCGCGCACUACCAGUCACCGCAGCACAUGAUCUGCUUGUGGAGGAAAUUGCAGUCCGGGAGCGCUCAAUGCUGCAAUGCUAGGUGACAAUGAACUGGUAAAAAGCAGCUCUGGCCCUUUGGAGAAUGGAGCAGCAAGGUGUAUGGGCUUGAUUUGGAGGCGCUCCUUCUUCCUGGACCCCUGUAGGCAAUUCGUUCAUUAUUUUGGUCAGUGGCAGAUUCAGCUGCUGAUGCUAACACUAGCUUGAUAGAGGCUGAUGUAUAUGAGAGAUGUCAAAUAGUUUUUGACCUAGGAACUAACAGCUUGCUGAUCUCACUUGUAUAGGGGCUUGUCUUUAUAUAUUCUAUUAGAUUAAAUGUCAUCGUCAAAUCAAUUUGUGUUCA